AGCCACGGGACUAAUCAACCGAAACAACAACAAAAUAAAAUGAGUUUUCUUGCAGCAGGGAGACUCGCGGGAAAAGAAGCAGCUUACUUUUUCCAGGAAUCCAAGCACGCCGUUAAUCGUAUCGCCGAGAAAUCUCCGCCCACCGGCAAAAAGCUUCCAUCUUUUCCGGCAGAUCUACCGGAAGUUCAACCUGACGUUCUUCCGGAGAUUCUACGCCAUUCUCUUCCUUCUAGAAUCUAUGGCCGUCCACCUGAUCCUUCGUCUCUUUCCCAAUUCUCCAAGUGGGCUCUUGAAUCUGAUCCAAACGCAGUCGUUUCUAUUUCCCCUGACGUCUUGAAUCCUCUUAGAGGUUAUUUGUCUCUGCCUCAGGUCACAUUCGGACGCAGAAGAUGGGAGUUGCCGGAAUCGGAGAAUUCGUUUUUGGCAUCCACAGCUAAUGAAUUGAGGAGAGACAGAUAUGGCACUCCUGUAAAUCCUGAAAAAUUGAAAGCUGCUGGUGAAGGACUUCAACACGUUGGAAAAGCAUUUGCAGCCGCUACUAUUAUCAUCUUUGGCUCAGCCACUUUGGUCUUUGGAACGGCAGCCUCAAAACUAGACAUGCACAAUGCUGAUGACAUAAGAUCGAAAGGAAAAGAUCUUUUUCAGCCAAAACUGGAGUCAGUGAAGGAACAGAUAGAGCCCCUAAGAACUUGGGCGGAAAGCAUGUCGAAGAAGUGGCAUAUUGAGAAUAACGAUGGUACUAUCAAGGAGAAACCAAUCUUGAAGGAGCUUUCGAAAAUUCUGGGACCUAAAUCUUAAAAGCCUAGACUUUUGGAUAAUGUGUUAUUAUAUGGAUAGAGAAAGCCAAAAAGGAGAUAUUAUAUAUAUAUAUGUGUGUGUGUGUGUGUGAUGGAAUAAGAUCUUAGGUGAAUUAUCAGAUUGUGCUGUAAGACUAUAAAGAAAUAAGAAAGUUUAUGUUGAUAUACAAUUGAUGUAUUGAGUGAUUAAGCUUUGAAUAUA